GAGCGCGCUCACCGCCGCGAAAAGUAAAGCCCGCCAUCCAUUAACAGCCGGGGAAAAAAAAAGCGCUUGAAUUGGAGCAUGAAUUAGCUCGGCGCUCCGCCGGGUGGGUUUCCUUGAUCGAUGCGCUCUGCAAUCAAGGCAGCGACUGCAAAUCGCCCGGAGACUACAGUUACUGUAGUACUGACUGUACUGAUUUUGGGGAAGCCGCCGCCGCUGCUGCUCAACAGCUUUGGUAUUCCAUCCAGCAAGCCAAGGAAAUCGGUUCGAUGCGCUCUGCGCUCGGCAUGCUCCUGAUUUAGUCCGGAAGGAAUCGUGGCGCCGCUGCCGAUCCUCGGCUGAUGGUGUGAGCGACCCUCUUCCCAGGCCGCGGCCUUUCCCAUCGUCCGGCGCCAUGAACCUGCUCCCCGUUAAUCCGCACGGGAACGGGUUGCUCUUCGCCGGCUUCAACCAGGACCACGGCAAAAUGGUGCCGCCUGAAUUAAAGGAGAGAGAAUACAUAACCAUGGUGGUCCUAUUUCCUAUUGUCAGUUGUACAGCACUGGACUAGAGCUCUUUCAAAAGAGUACAAGAUCCAUGUUUGAAAUGCUCACCAGGUUUAUGGCUGGAGAUCUUGCUUGCCAGCUGCUGUAUUAUGAAAAUUGCAGGAUGCUUUGCAUGUGGAAUGGAAAAUGGAUUUAGAGUGUUUAAUGCAGAUCCACUCAAAGAGAAGGAGAAACAAGAAUUCCUAGAAGGAGGUGUCGGCCAUGUUGAAAUGUUGUUUCGCUGCAAUUAUUUAGCUUUGGUUGGUGGAGGGAAAAAGCCAAAGUAUCCUCCUAAUAAAGUGAUGAUCUGGGAUGACUUGAAAAAGAAGACAGUUAUUGAAAUAGAAUUUUCCACAGAAGUCAAAGCUGUUAAGCUGCGAAGGGACAGAAUUGUCGUGGUUUUGGACUCUAUGAUUAAAGUUUUCACAUUCACACACAAUCCUCACCAGUUACAUGUCUUUGAAACUUGCUACAACCCUAAAGGUCUUUGUGUCCUGUGUCCAAAUAGUAAUAAUUCCCUACUUGCAUUCCCUGGAACACAUACUGGACAUGUGCAAAUAGUAGAUCUAGCAAACACUGAAAAGCCUCCAGUAGAUAUACCUGCUCAUGAAGGAAUCUUGAGUUGUAUAGCUCUAAAUUUGCAGGGAACAAGAAUCGCUACGGCAUCAGAAAAAGGGACCCUUAUAAGAAUAUUUGAUACGUCAUCUGGGCAUUUAAUUCAAGAGUUGCGCAGAGGAUCUCAGGCUGCCAAUAUAUACUGUAUAAACUUCAACCAAGAUGCUUCUCUUAUCUGCGUGUCCAGUGACCACGCCACAGUACACAUUUUUGCUGCAGAGGAUCCCAAAAGAAAUAAGCAAUCAAGCUUAGCAUCAGCCAGCUUCCUGCCCAAAUAUUUCAGUUCCAAAUGGAGUUUUUCCAAGUUUCAAGUUCCCUCGGGCUCUCCCUGCAUCUGUGCCUUUGGAACAGAGCCGAAUUCUGUCUUAGCAAUCUGUGCAGAUGGCAGUUACUACAAAUUUUUAUUCAAUCAAAAAGGGGAAUGUGCCAGAGAUGUCUACGCUCAGUUUCUAGAAAUGACUGAUGACAAACUUUGACUGGAUUGUUGGAAGUAUGGUUUGGUGGGGCAAGUUAUCAGAAUCCCCAUCCCAAUUCUUCUCCUGUUGAAGAGACAACUUCUGACUUGCUAAUUUGAUGGCACUCUUCAAGAUGGGAUUGACCUGGUCAGCAAUUGGAACAAGGCAAAGGACUGAUGUUAGCUCUCCACAGUUGGUUUUAAGUGUUACUUUGGCAGCUGCUGUUCUUUUCCUCUUCAAGUUUCAAUACGAGGGUUCUCCCUGUUAAGUAUCAUAAAACGGAGUACCUGCCACAUUAUAAAGCUGGAAAGAAAAGUUACUAGAGUUUUGAUCAGUUGAAGACUCUCCAGAUUAGAUUCAGCAGGCAGGUUAAUUGGAAAUGACGUCCCAGUCAUUUAUAGCAGCAGCUUUUGCCUUUACAGAUAUUGUUUCCUCCUAAUUCCCAGAAACUGUAGCAAAGUUGCUCUGAGUUGCAAUUACUCAAAAAUAGAACAAUCAAGUCUGUUUCCAUAUUGCUGUGAAGAGGUAUUCAUGUCAUGUAUCAGAGGUGCCAAAUAUUCUAUAGCAACCAACAUCAAGUGCUGUUAACUAACUCUGCCAGGUAAGAAGUGUCAACAAAGAGGACUUACAAUGCUGUGUUGUCUCCAUCUAGAAUGUAAUCAUUCCAUACUAUUAAAAUCUAGUCCUUUGU